GCAGAUGAUAUAUAAUUAGCACUUGAAUAUAUCCGUUGAUUAUCACGGAUCACUGCAGCAUAUAAGUGCACGUAAGCGUCCACGCGCGACAUCGCUGUAUUUUAUGUACUACCGGACCAAUCAUUUUACAAAACUGACGAAACCAAACAAUCUGGCUGCCGCAUUGUCAACACAACUUUUCAGUAGUCGACUGGCCAGUGUACAAUUGCAAGACUGGUCACUUCGAUCGCGCUGUUGCACUGUAUUUCGUUUUAUUGUAACGCUACAGUAGCCGAAGCGUUUUACUCUUCUCCUGCCAAAAUGAUCCCUUUUCUAAUACUGCAUAUUUUGGUUUUCCUUCUUGCUCCCGGCAUUGAUGCGAGGCAUAAAAGGCAAGUCCCCUUUCCAAAUCUGAAUGACAUGAUCAACCAAGCAGCCAGUAAUGUAUUCCAAAGAGUAACGUCGAACAUAAACAACACCUUUCCUUCUCUGAACUUCUUCCCCGUGAACCCACAGCAGCCUUCCAACAGCGCUAGCAAUGGAACAUUUGCUCAAGGGCGCUCCUUAACCGAAAUUUCUUCGGGCCCUGGUGCGACAAAUAUUACCAUUAACGCCACCGUCCCAGUAUUAAAUAGCGAAACCAGUGCUUUCAACAAUAUCUCCAUAUCAUUAAGCUCAGCUCCCACUAACACGUCUGGACCGGAAAACCACACGGCGAUCACCGUCAAUUCAACCCAGCCGCUAGCGCUACUUAACACCACCACCGAUAGUUCUGUGCCGGCUUUGAGCACCCUUGAAGCUUUUACGAUGUCGACUACGCUUCAUGACCUUAACAGCACUAGCGAGAAUAUAUCACCAGUGACGAGUGAUGCCGGAAAUGUUACCCCAGGUGCAACGACGGAGGACAUCGUGAGUACGACCGUUGAGCCAAACGCAACUAGAGAAGCUACCGUGACUGAUGGUGUCCUUAGUACAACAGCGGCUGAGCAACUGCAGGUUACAGUGCAACCCUCCUCACAGACGACGGCGGUCAACCAGACCGCUAUUCGUAUUCAGUCGGAAAACGAUACGUCAUUAACCACCACAGUGACCCCGAAUCUUACUCCCGCAAUUACCGUUACAAGCGGUCUCGCUGAAGAGAUCACACCACAUAAUACUUCAAAUGAAGUGACGACCCAAUCCGGAAUUUCUACGGAAAGCGUGAUUACUGCAGAAAAUGUUACGGCAACAGCGUCAUUGGUGGCUACCAAUGCCUCGGAAAAUGCGUCGACUGAAGUUAAUUCAGGUACUGGCGAAUCUUUGCUGGAAAACACCACGGCUGAAAUGCCAGUCGUAAUCGUAUCUCAAUCGGCGUUUAAUGCAACGCUUGCUAAUCUGGACGUCGCACCUGAUAACGAAACAUCGAGUUACGGCAUCAUUCGCCACACUACUACGAUGACAAAUGAAGGUACUCAACCGGCCAAUGUUAGUGAAAUCGCUACCACAGUGGCAACAGUUGUUAACACCACCACCAACGAAACGGCUGCUGCGACCGACAACUUUGCAACUGUGGCUAUCGCAGAAAGUACUACCGUUGCAAUCCUAGCGGAGAACAACAUGGUCACUUCGGAAAAUCCCAUCCUAACAGCGGAAUCAUUAUCUUCCGAGGCUAAUAAUGCGAGUGUUAAAGUAGACGAAGAACAUACCACCGAUGCAACCACUGCCGCAACUUUAACCACGUCAGCUAUUCCCGCCGAAAACGCCACUCAGGGAAUUCUUCUAAUCAAUCCCGCAACAAACGCUCCAGCAGCGCUAAUCGUAAACAACAUCUUUGCCAAUGAUACCGGCUUUCCGCUGAACGCCGCAAACGCAGCAGAGACAUCGGAAUCAGAAUCUUCACUGAAUGCGACCUUAGCUCCACUGUCUGCCAAUGCAACAGAACACGAAAAAUUUGUAAACGCAACCAGUGACGUUCCUGUCGAGACUACCACGACAGAGGAGGCGAUUCGUUUAACCACGGCAUCAAUCGAACCAGAAGUCACAACGGAGCAACCCUCGGCGGAAACAACGACAGCUAACGUAUCACAAUCCGCUUCCAAUGAAACGCAUUCUAACUUAGAAAGCGCAUCGGAAGAUGAGACAUCCGGUUAUGGUAUUGUUCGACAUUCGACGACGGUAGCGAGCGAAGUCACUUUUUCUACGAACGCCACGGAAAUUGCCACUACGGUAGCAGCGGUUGUUGGCAACAACGAAAAUACCAGCGCCACUGCAGCAAUUACGACCACAGAAGCAACUUUAACAGCCGCCACUACACAAACAACAAACAUAUCGGAAAAUUUGACCACUGGCUCCAAUAACUCUUCAGUAGUUCUUCUUGACCAGAACACGACACAAGCCACCGUAAAUGUGACACAAUCCAGCUUUCAUUCAACCCCACCAGCCAUUAGUCCAACCACCCUCGUUUGGACACUGCCGGAAUUCCAAGCGGAAGGCGACAGUCAUCUCCCAAGCCGCACAAUGCUAAUCUUGAACGCAAAGAAUGGAUGGAGGGAAAAGAACCAGCAACUAAUUAACCAGUUCAAGCCGGAAAAAAUUAUCCAGCUAAACAAAACUUCCGUUGUUACCGUGACUUCGCCUUCCGAUGUUGCAAAACAUCCCGACGCAACAACGUCCACUAACAUCCCCAUUAUUCUCGAAGCACCGCAAAUCACUGCUUCGGGGAAGCCGAAAUAUAUUCCCAAAGAUCCCGCUGAUGAGGAAAAAUUUUGGAGUAUUAUGCGAGCGGCGGCCAAAGCUACUCGAGGGAAAACGAGUUUCCCGACUCUGAAAGAAAUACCGGCUACGUCGUUUAGCUGCAAUGAUGUCAGUCAGCCAGGUUUCUAUGCCGACCCGGAAACCGACUGCCAGGCGUUUCAUCGUUGUGACAUUUACGGAGGACAGUUCCGGUUUUUGUGCCCCGAACGGACGUUGUUCAGUCAGUUGACGCUGGUCUGUGACCAUUGGUACAACGUUAACUGUCAAGAGCAGGUUAAAUAUGCUGACUACAUCAAUUCAAGAGCAUACGACUUUAAGCGAUUUGGUCGUUAUUUGGGACACGAAAUCCAGGACAGUUCCAGCGAUUUACAGCCUAAAAUGAGUGUCGCAAUAUCACAACUGGUGCAGGAUAAUCGAGAGUUAUUUAAUAUUACUGAAUCUAACAAUCCACUGAUGAACCUACGAUCCGGUAAUAUCACGGCUGCCGAAAAUUCCGUAAACGCAACAUUAACUCAUACAGGAAAUGCCACUACGGUUUUGCCGGCAAGUACGAAUGCAGCGAUCAACGUAACAACAGUUCCUACCGGAAUCGAAGAGCCUAACUAAAGCAAAAACCCACAAUGCUGGACAAUACAGAACGAAAAAUCAAACUGCACGACAAUUCCGUGUACGAAGGUCAUUGUAUACUGUUGAAGUUAACGGUCGAUGCGUCUUGUGAAUCCUCUCACCAUUUUUAUCUGUCAUAACUGAUACUUUGUUGAUUAUUUUGUUGAUAUGCUUAUUUUCUAAUAAAAUUCUCUGGACGGGCUAAU